ACUCUUCUUCACUUGCUUGUUGCAGCUUCCUACACACAUAAACAGCAGACCUCACUUGAUUUACCCAAAAUCAAAACCCACUUGCUUCCCAGCCACAUUUCGAUUAUUUCAAAUGGCCAAAGUCAUCCCUUUGCUGCUGUUUUUCCUUUUCUUUUUUAGCUUAGCCACCGCGCUUUCUUCCGACGGGGAAGCGCUCCUCUCUCUUCUAUCUGCAGCCAGCCCAUCAGCAAAGUCAUCAUCUUCGGUUCUCUCCUCGUGGAACCCAUCAUUGCAGACUCCAUGCUCAUGGCACGGCAUAGAAUGUUCACCCCAAAACAGAGUAAUCUCUCUGUCUCUCCCAAACACUUUCCUGAAUCUUUCCUCUAUUCCACCGGCACUCUCCUCACUUUCAUCCCUUCAGCUCCUCAACCUUUCCUCCACCAACAUCUCCGGUACAAUCCCUCCUCCCUUUGGCCAACUCACCAAUCUUCGCCUCCUAGACCUUUCUUCCAACUCCCUCUCCGGCCCCAUUCCCAAAGAGCUCAGCCAGCUCUCUGCCCUUCAGUUUCUUUGCUUGAAUUUUAAUAGACUUAGCGGUCAGAUUCCGCCGCAGUUAGCCAACCUCACUUCCCUCCAAGUUCUCUGGCUCCAGGACAACCUCCUCAAUGGUUCAAUCCCAUCUCAACUGGGUUCUUUGGUUUCCCUCCAGCAGCUCAGAGUAGGGGGAAAUCCUAAUUUGACAGGGGAAAUCCCUUCCCAAUUAGGUCUCCUCACCAAUCUCACAAUAUUUGGAGCUGCCGAUACCAGAGUUUCAGGCGUAAUCCCACCCACAUUUGGUAACUUGUCCAAUCUCCACACACUGGCUCUUUACUACACGGAGGUAUCCGGGUCGAUUCCUCCUGAAAUUGGAUCAUGCCUUGAGUUGAGGAAUUUAUAUUUGCCCAUGAACAAGCUGACCGGUUCAAUACCUCCACAGCUCGGUAAGCUUCAAAAGCUCACUAGCUUGUUGUUGUGGGGAAAUGAGUUGUCGGGUCAAAUUCCAGCAGAGCUUUCUAAUUGUUCUGCACUUGUUGAGCUUGACUUGAGCAGCAACAACUUCACUGGUGAAAUUCCCUCGGAGAUUGGUUAUUUGACAAGCUUAACCAUCAUUCUCGACUUAAGCUGCAACUCUUUCACCGGAGAAUUACCAGGAAGUUUCUCCAGUUUGACAGAGCUGCAAUCUCUUGAUCUUUCUCACAACAAGUUAUGUGGAAGAAUCAAGGUUUUAAGUUCCCUUACUAGCCUUACUACCUUGAACAUCUCCUACAAUAACUUCUCAGGUCCAAUUCCUGUGACACCUUUCUUUGUGACGAUUUCUACAAAUUCUUAUCUUGAAAACCCAAAUUUGUGUCAAUCCAUUGAUGGGUUUACUUGUUCGUCACGUGCCACGAGAAAGAAGGGAUUGAAAUCUGCAGCUUUGAUUUCUAUCAUUUUGGCCUCCUCUGUAAUAUUUGUAUCAAAUAUUAAAGGAUGAUAUAACAUUUUGUGAAAAUAUCAUUUUACAAUUAACUAUUAUAAUUGUAAUGUAUUAUAGUGACGAUUUUUAUCAAUAAAAACUUAUUUUAUCU